AUGGCGUUGAAAAGAAUCACUAAAGAACUGCAAGAUUUGGGUCGUGAACCACCAGCUCAGUGCUCUGCCGGGCCAGUUGAUACUAAAGAUAUGUUUAAGUGGCAAAGCACUAUAAUGGGACCUACAGACACCCCGUACCAAGGGGGCGUUUUCUUUUUAACUAUCCAGUUUCCACCGGAUUAUCCGUUUAAGCCUCUCAAAGUUACCUUCGUCACGAGAAUAUAUCACCCAAAUAUAAACAGCAAUGGAAGUAUAUGCUUAGAUAUCCUUCGUUCACAGUGGAAUCCAGAAUUAAAUGUAUCUAUUGUACUUUCGAGCAUCUGUUCUUUGCUUUCUACGCCAAAUCCUGACGAUCCGUUAGUACCAGAGAUCGCUCGUAUCUUCAAAACUGAUCGUCCAAAGUUCAAUGAGUUAGCCAAAGAAUGGACUAAAAAAUAUGCUAUGUAA